AUGUUGGACAGAGACUUCAUGCUGCUCUAUGAAUAUGGAAUCCAGCAUCUGUCUGUGAUCCAGAUGGUGUUGAAGGAUGGGAAACAGUACAACAACUCUCAUUCCUUCUUAUGCAUCAUCAUCUGCAGUCAGGCACCAAACAUUCAAAGGAGCUCCACUAAUGAUGAUGAUUAUCUAUGGAAAUCCCCAGUCCCAUAUAUUUUGGGAAAUGACCUUGAGAUCAAUGCUAAAGGAGUGACCCUGAGGGCCCUCGACGAGUACAGGCUCAAGUCAUGCAUUGACUUCAGACCAAGGAACGAAGAAUACUAUUACAUCUCCGUCAGAAAGUUAAACGGAUGCUAUUCAUAUAUUGGAAAGAGAUUUAGUGGACAGAAUAUCUCCAUCGGCAGUUAUUGUGAUUCAACCAGCAUUGUUCAACAUGAGUUUUUCCACGCUCUUGGCUUCUACCACGAACAAAGCCGCUAUGACAGAGAUGAUCAUGUAAAGAUUCUAUUUAAGAACAUCCGAAAAGGUUAUGAGCACAACUUUAGGAAAGUUAAUAAGACAGACAGCACGGUUUCGGGACUCCCAUAUGACUACAACUCAGUGAUGCACUAUGGCUCUGGAGCAUUCUCCAAUGGAGGCGGGUCUACAAUUGUCACCGAAGAUCCAAAGUUCCAGAAUGUGAUUGGUCAAAGACUGCAAAUGAGUCCAAUCGAUGUUAAGGAGUUGAACCGCCGCUACAAAUGCAAGAACACCACUGCAUUCCACAUGUUCUGCAGCUUCUCUAAUGAGAGCAUGUGUGGAAUGAACAGCUGCUCAAACAGUAGCAAUGACACUGGCUGGGAAAUGGUAAAACAAGCACAGGGUGGACCUGAAACUGACCACACCACUCUACCCACUGCCAGCAGUAAGAAUGGUACAGAAGGUUAUUUCAUGCAUGCUAGCACAGCAAGCGGUGAGGAAGGUAAAACCUCACAGCUGGAGACCAAGAUGAUGGAGCCAACCAGGGAGUGUCAUGUCCAGUGUCUCCAGUUCUAUUAUUACCACAGUGGGAGCGAGUCAGACAUACUGAACAUCUGGAUCAGAGAGUUUGACGAUCAAUACGACCUUGAGGGAACCCGCCGCCUCAUGGGACAGAUCACUGGUCCUCAAACAUCUCACUGGCGCAUCCAUCAUGUUUCCCUGAAUGCCACCAAGCACUUCCAGGUGGAGUUUGAGGCUCGUACAGGAGCAGGGAACUCUUCAGGCGGUUUCUCAAUUGAUGACAUCAAUUUGUCCGAGAUCGAGUGUCCACAUGGGUCCUUGCAGAUAGAUAAUUAUAUGGAGAGAAGCAACAAUACAGCUACAAUCUACAGCCCACAGCAGUACACCAUAGACGGCUAUGCCUACCGUAUAGCAGUACAGUUUAAGGGAUCCUACUUUUCACUGUUUAUGCAAAUGUUGUCAGGCGAAAAUGAUGAGAAGCUGCAGUGGCCUUGCUUACAAAGGCAAAUGACUCUACGAAUGCUGGAUCAGACAACAAACUUACAGCUGCACAUGUCACUUGACAGAAGUUUCACCACGAGCCCAAAUCAUGUCAACAACUUAGGUUUAAGUCCGUGGGACAAUCCUCGUAAGAAUGGAACUGAAGUCGUUGAUGAGAAUAAUCAGACUGCCUUGGCCGGAACAUUGUAUGGCUACAGAACUUUUGCAUAUAUUGAUCUAAUUCAAUCCAGAAACUACGUCAAGGGAGACAGUUUGAUUAUAACCUUCAGCUUCCAAGAUCUCAAUGCCUUGAUAAAUGAAAGUGCUUUACCAUGUCCUGAGCUGGCACCAGGGAAGAUUGCACAUCAUCCCAUGGAUCUAGAUAGUGGCCCAUGUGUACCACGGAUCGCCCCCGUCACCCGACCACCUCCUCCUCCAACAAAGCCUCCUAAAACAACUGAUGACAAAAGCCUGUUUGAAGCCGAGGGUCCACAUCAUGUCUGGCACAUUCCCAACUUUGACCACUUUCUGAUAGACAGCAGCAUCGGCACAAGCUUACUGAGCCCACGCUUCUUAACCAGACAGGGCUAUGGCCUCCAGCUCCUGCUGUAUCGCUACCCCGACCACUUCAUUUGA